ACACAGAAAAAGAUGGAGACCAUCAGCCAGACUUUGGAACAUGUAUUGGUCACAGCUCAUCAUCAGAACUGUCUGACUGUGGGAGUUUAUGAGUCUGCAAAAUUCCUGAAUGAAUACCCGGAUGGCGCGGUGCUGUGUGUGCUGGCCCUUGAUGAGGAGGAUGAAGAUGACGCUGCGCUGCAGAUUCACUUCAAACUGCUGCAGGCUUUCUGCUACGACAAUUACCUCGACAUCCUGCGAGUGACGGGAAUGAGGCGGCUCGCUCAGCUGCUAGAGGAAACCAGCAACAGAAGCGAAUCCCGCGACCUGCAUUGCAUCUUGGUCAUUAACACUUCUGAACAGAUUCUGCAGUGCGAGGCUCUUCAGCAGGUCGCCAGGUUCUGCGAGGAGAGCCGCCACAGGUACGAGUGUCUCCCCCACCUUGAGCUGCAGGACCGCUGA